UUUGGUACUUUUUACAACUAGAACAUAGUGAUUAUAUAUUCUGUGGUUAAAACCAGUGGUUAGGUUCCGUACUUUGUAAGUCUGUGGUCUGUGUGUACUGUGUUGUUGUGACAUAUAAAUUAUAAAGAAAUUUAUUAUUUUCUGAAGUAAUAAUUUAAGCUUAAUUAUUGAACGCUCCUCUUUAUCAACAAGUUACUAACCUUAUUUAUUAAAAAAUAUUAUCUUGAUAGUAAAUAAAAUAAAUACAAUGGACGAAUCCAAGGAACCCAUAGUUGAAGUUGAAGAAAUAAAGUUUAAACCGAAAAAAAAGAAAAACUUAAGGCAAAGAAUAAAAAUUGAAGAUGAGGAAUCUGAAGACGAGGAAUUAAUUUUGGCUAGAUUACAGGAGACAAAAGAAAUACAGAAACUAAGAGAAAGACCGAACGGUGUGAGCAUAGUCGCUCUAGCUACUGGACAAAAAACAACGUUAGUAGAAGAAAUUACUUGUAAGGAUCCAUAUAAUAUUAAAGCUGGUGGUAUGGUGAAUAUGCAGGCCUUGAAAAGUGGGAAAGUUAAACAGGUAGAUGAUGCAUACGACACUGGUAUAGGAACGCAAUUUUCCGCUGAAACAAAUAAACGUGAUGAAGACGAAGAAAUGAUGAAAUACAUAGAAGAGCAAUUAGCCAAGCGAAAAGAAGGCAAUGAUGAUAACAAGAAGGAGAAUGAUGAUGGUGAAGCACUGAAAUACUUAGCACCAGAAGAAGCAGCAUUACUCUCCUUACCAGAACAUCUACGCGCAUCUGCUGCGCAUCGAUCGGAAGAGAUGUUGUCUAAUCAAAUGCUUAGUGGUAUUCCGGAAGUAGAUCUUGGUAUUGAUGCGAAAAUAAAAAAUAUUGAAGCAACCGAGGAAGCUAAAAUGAAACUUUUGUGGGAAAGGCAUAACAAAAAAGAUGGACCAUCACAAUUUGUACCCACAAAUAUGGCAGUGAACUUUGUUCAACACAAUAGAUUUAAUUUAGAUAGUGCUAAUUCUAAGAAGAGAAAAGUUGAGAAGCCAGAAAGUAAGAAAGUAGAAGCUAAUGUGAUAGACGAAAGUGUUAAUAAAAUAGUUAAAAAAGCAAAGGGUGAAAGGGCAACAGAUGAUUAUCAUUAUGAGAAAUUUAGAAAACAAUUUAGACGUUAUUAAGAUAUAUUCAAGUUAUUUGAAUUUAAAUAAGUAUAAUAAACAAGUGAAUGAAAGAAUGAAUGAAGUUUUAUAAUCAAAUAAAUCAUCAGUUUUUAUUCAUUAUAAUAAUUUUAUAGGAAAGAGAUUUUUAGUAUUCCUAAAACCGCAUAUGCAAUGGCAUAAUAUUACUUCUUUAUUGUAUUCUCAUGAAUUAAAUAAAUUUUGUCUGCAUUAAUUCAUGUAAGGAAUAAACUAGACGAAGAAAUUAGCUUUAAUUUAACACAGAUUAAAUAAUGUUUCAUUUUAUACUUUAUUAGUAUUAAAUUUUAUUGGGUAUUUAACAUCCUACCUCAAUAAGACUAUAUAAGUAAUGUAACCUAAAAAAAGUACAAUUUAUAAUUCAAUUCUAUACUAUAUUAUAAAUUAUAAAAAAAAACAAAUGAAAUAGACUGAAGACAUGAAUAUAUGCAUAUAGAGAUAUGUAUUAAUGUAUAUAUUCACUAGGGAAUAUAAUCGCAAUUAAUGAAAAUACGUAUUAAAGUAUUGCGUUAAUAAUAUCUAUAUUUUGUAACUCAUAAAAACCUUGUUAUCCCUUUAUACUUGAGUUGGGCAGACUGGUUGAACUCCAGUAUUUUUAUUUGAAUAAAUUAUUGAUAACGAACUACAAUAAAUAGUUUUUUUUAAUAAUAAUUGAGAGAUAUUCUUGUACGACGAUGAUGAUAUUAUCCUAACCGAUUUUGGCCCUGGCGACCAUUGUCAAGCGAGACCGGCCUACUACGCAAGACAAAAAUAUAAUAAUGCACAAUUAUUUGCGCAAAUACAGACUUAUAAUCCGAUGGGACGGCAAAUCCGACGUCAUAAUCUGAUCCGAUUUACGUGCGAAUAUCUGAAGUAAGUUUUCCAGUUGUCCUUAAUAUUUUACGGA